AAAUGAGUGGCGCUGUUCUAAGUUUCAGGGUUACUGUGUAGGUUGGGAUUGAUGGGAUUACUACAGUUUCCAAGUCUUUUCGUAGUAGUCUGGAACCAGCAGCAUUGACGAUGGCAAUGCACUUGAGGUUCUUGAUGCCAGAUGGAUCAUUCUUUGAGCAUAAAUAUGAUCUUGAUGCUACUGUUGAGCAAAUAACCUCUUCUCUGUUUAGUGACUGGCCCGAUAGUUUAGGACAGAGGCCAAAAUCAAAUCAUUUGAAACUUAUUUUCCAAGGUAGAUUUUUAUCUAGCACUUUGAAACUGUCAGAAUUGAAAUUACCCUCUGAACCAAUUACAAUGCAUUUAAUUCAACAUGAAACAAUGCCUUCGCCUAAAAUAAUCAGUAAGAAUAGUUCUUCAGCUUUCUUUCAACUAAAUAUUAACACUAAACAGUUUUUCAUGAAUUAUUGUCAGUAGAUUAUUGUAUCAUCACUAUAAUUUAAUUAAAAGCUUUUUCAACUUAAGGAAUUCCG